UUCCAUUCAGCCCUAAAUGACCCAAAGUAAAGUAAACUCAAUCUUGACCUUCUCUAUUUCUGAAUAUCCCAAUCAUACCCACAGUCUUCAUUUUAUAUAAAAGCGCCACUCUUAAACCCUAGCUUUGUUCUUUCAUCUUCCGCCUACAGUCCUACCGCAUACCGAUCGGAGAAAAAAGAUAAUGGCUCCAAAGCAGCCAAACAGUGGGCUAUUUGUGGGUUUGAAGAAGGGGCAUGUUGUUACCCCCAAGGAAUUAGCCCCCCGCCCCUCGGAUAGGAAAGGGAAAACAAGCAAGAGGGUGCAUUUUGCGAGGAGUCUCAUUAGAGAAGUUGCUGGGUUUGCUCCUUAUGAGAAGAGAAUCACUGAACUUCUUAAAGUUGGAAAGGACAAGCGUGCCCUCAAGGUUGCCAAGAGAAAAUUGGGCACCCACAAGAGGGCAAAAAAGAAGAGAGAGGAGAUGGCUGGUGCUCUUCGCAAGAUGAGGGCUGCUGGAGGUGGCGAAAAGAAGAAGUGAAGUGUCGUUUUCUUUAUUGGCUUUGUUGUUAGAGGGAGCUUGAAAGUAUGUGGAGACUACUUGUUAGCUGCACUGUAUUUUGUUAAUCAUUUUGAAGAGAUUAUUGUGGAUUUAUCCUCUUUUUGCUAAAAGGCAUCAACAUAUUUUUGAUUAUGUGUACUCUGUCCUUGCUUAUAUAUUAUAAUUGACUUAUGAGCCAUUUCAGUGUGCUUGUGAUGAGCCGAAGCCGUUUGCCUUUAUUGUUUUUCUACUCUGUUCUAAUCCAG